GGAAAGCAAAUCAGGCCAGGAUAGAUUCCUGGAAGAAAUGGAGCGAGUCCAAGCUGAAGCUAAGAGGAAAACACCAGAAGAGUUGGUAAUGAUUUACAAGGGCAUUCCCUACCCGAGCUGUAUUUGCAGUGAGGAGACCUUUUGUGCACUGGAAUCAUUGGAAGCCAGAGAGGAUGAUUUGUUGAUUGUAACAUAUCCUAAAUGUGGGACAAAUUGGGUAAUUCGAAUACUGCAUGAAAUGUUGUUUUUCAUCGGUGGUAAAGAGCCUUCUAUAGAUCAAGCUAUGAUUGAAUUUGGAAAACCAGAAAAAGUACAGGCUCUUAAAGAAGCAUCUUCACCAAGAGUGUUUUCAACACAUUUGCAUUACAAGGACAUCCCUAAGUCAUUUUUGGAAAAGAAAGUAAAGACUUUGUUGAUCCUUCGUAAUCCCAAAGACACAGCAGUCUCUUACUUCCAUUUCAGUAAUAAUAAUCCAAUACUUCCCAGCUAUGACUCAUGGGAUUUGUUUUUCAAUGACUACAUAAAUGGAAAAGUAUGCUAUGGAUCAUUUUUUGAUCACAAUUCGGCCUGGGGUGAACACAUUGAUGAUGAAAAUAUUAUGGCAAUGACUUUUGAAGAUAUGAAACUGGAUUACGCUACGCAUCUGAAAAGAAUCUCUGAGUUUUUUGGUCUCUCAUUGUCAGAAGAACAACUUAAAGAGAUUGAAAACAAAACUACCUUUAAAUCUAUGAAAGAGAAUUCAGAAGGAACGCAUGGAAAACUAGGAAAUACCUUUUUCCGCAAAGGAGAAAUAGGUGACUGGAAAAGCCUUUUCAGUGAAGCACAAAGCAAAGAGGUUGAUGCAAAGUUCGAACAAUAUCUUGCAGGGACAAAGCUGGGAGAGAAAUUAAACUAUAAAAAAUACUGUGAAUAUUAGUUCAAAGUUGUUUGUUUGAUUCACACCUGUAGAGAAAACUUAUUAGAGCAUUUAUAAGAAAUUAAUUUCAUUCAGAAAUAACACACAAUAUGUUUUGGUUAAUUAGAGAAGAUACUAAAUACAUGACUAGAUAAACCUUUGUUUGUAUUGCUGUGUCCAGUUUUUCUCUUACCUUCUAAUCUAAUUGUUUUUUUACACUUAACCUACAUUUAUGUAUACAAUUUAUCUUUUACUAAAACUGGCACUGAAUAAUAGUAAACUACAAAAUAAAGAAAAAGAUAUGA